UGUAACAAAUCCUGAUGAUGAGGUUUUGUAUAUCGAUGUCUUACACGGUGGAAUCAUUUUAAAUAAAAAUAACUGGUCCAGAAUUUGUGAGGUUGUACAAUGUUCCAUAAGUUCUGAUGGAUAUUACAGAAUAAAUUCCUUAGAGCUGACAGCAUAUUUGAGUUCCUGUUUUGCUGCAGCAGACGAUUUUGUUGAUUCUGUUUAUCAUCACAUAAACUGGAAGAAUGAAGUUUGUUGGUUUUCGAAGCUUCUACUUCUCUUAAAACAAAAAGGAAUAUAUAUAACGAUGGUAAAUUCUGAUAUGUGGAGACCAAAUUAUGGAAUGCUUGUUACUUUUUGUAAGUUGCUACAGACUGAAUACAUUAUUAUACACAAUCCAAGCAGAUGCAUCGAUUUUGCACGAGAUAUAGUAAUAACCAGGAGCAGAUCUGGGUCAUAUGAAGAACAUUUCACGCCCGAACCGAAAAAGAGGACACCAGAAAUGAGAUUCGCGGUUGGUAUGGUCGUGAAAAAUGUCCAGGUGGAUCUGACAGGCGUGAUAAUCGGAUGGCUGGACACAAAAACCUUGGCAAAUGUAUCCCGAUUUGCCAGACGGAUGUUAUUACAUAGUCCUUUGCGAAGACUUGCCACCUGAAUUUCAAGUGACUUUGGAAAUGGUAGAUAAGCCAGAACCUAUCAAUACCGAUGAAAUCGGCAGAUACUUUUCCAAUUUCAAUGGUAGUUUUUAUACGCCAAAUGAAGUGCUGGCAAAAGAGUAUGCAGAAGACGUGGUAUACUUAACUACUCACCUGUUACGACAACUUACCCUUAAUAUCAACCCUUAAUAUCACGGAAGUAUUCUUUUUUAAUAAUAUAAUAUUUGUAUACACAUAUAACAUUUUUAAUAUUGUUUAUCUCGUUUUUAAUGAUUAGAAAAUUAUAUAAGUCGGAAAAAGUUUGUCGCAUUUUCGCUCUGUUGGAACAGAUUUAGCUAUAUUAGGAAAAAUCGGUCUCUGUCUGAGGGUUGGUCAGGUAAAUCGAUAUCUAUGGUUGUAUUGGGUGAAACGAUGUCGGUAUUUAUACCGGGCAAGAACAUGCACUUUCCUACCUUGCAGAGUUUUGUAUCGGGUUGCAUGUGUCGCCGGUGAUGGCACAACAAAAUGGAACACGGUAAAUUCUACAUAGCGGGGUUGUAGAUUUCAAGAUUACGUCUACACGGAUUAUUUACGUUUAAUUUUCUAGAUACUAAUAGAAUGAAAAGAACGAACAUGAUAUUAUAUUAGAAAUAUAUGAAUCUUAUGUAUGAUUAAAUAUAACUCUUCUGUAAAAAAAAUCUUGAAUAUAUAACACAAUUGAUAAAAUA